AACGAACACUAGAAGUGGAAAUAUCAAAUACAGAACAUAUAUCUACUUAGUUACAUUUCGAUGUGCGCCGCUGUUCUGCCAGACUACAUUGCUACCGAUCAUGAUCAAUCUUUAGAUAUGGACCUGCAACAUUGCUCGGAUGUUUCCUCUUAUAAUGAUUUACUGGUUUCUAACUCUCGGCCAAUUCGAUAUAACAUAAAUAUCCUAAUAUAUGCGCUAAUAAAUCCGAUUUGGAACGUAGUUGUUUGUUUAAGUGAUAUUACUAUCAUUAUUGAAAAUUCUAUAAGAAUCAUAAGUUUGCACGCCUAUGAAAUGGAUAUCAACAGUCGGAUAAAGGUUGUAAAUACCAACUCACUUGAAAGCUACAGAUUAACUGGCUACCGUUAUUGCAAACACUCGCAGAUUUUGGAUUUGCUGUUUGAUAAAGUAAUAGUUCCUGGGACUUAUAACUUGACAAUUGGCUCUACUAUUCGUCGUCCUUGGAACCGUUCUUGGAACGGUGUAGUUAAAUACGAAUACAAGAAAAGUGGAACAAAUCUUGAGAAAACAAGGUUAAUCAUCACACAACCUAAUAUGGCUCGGAGAGUGUUUCCAUGUUGGGAUAAGCCCGGAUUAAAGAAAACUAUGACUUACAUUUAA